AUGUUGCCGCCUCUGCUCCUCCUCCUCCUCCUCCUCCUGCAACUUCCACACUCAUGGAGCUCGCCUCCAUUCCAAACUUCACAAGAUUUCACACGGUGCCUCUUCUCUCAAAACAGCACCGUCGCCACGCAUACCAAUCUCAUCUAUACGCCGGCGAGCCCCAAGUACUCCCUACUUCUCCAAUCCACAAUCCGAGAUGCCAGAUUCAACACCACCCUCGCCCCUAAACCUUCCGUCAUCGUCACUCCCACUUCCCUCUCCCAAAUCCAAGCCUCUGUUCACUGUUCCCGGGAACACGGGCUGCAGCUCCGGGUUCGAAGCGGCGGCCAUGACUACGAGGGCCUCUCCUACACCUCCCCAUAUCCCAAUUACCCCUUUGUGGUGCUCGACCUCGUGAAUUUCCGCAACAUCAGCGUCGACGUUCCGGAAAAGACCGCGUGGGUUCAGUCCGGAGCGAUUUUGGGGGAGCUUUAUCACCGAAUCGGGGAAGCGAGUCCCAAUCUCGCCUUCCCCGCGGGUUCCUGCCAUACGGUCGGCGUCGGCGGCCACUUCAGCGGAGGUGGGUUUGGGUUUUUGAUGCGGAAAUUCGGUCUCGCUGCGGACAAUGUGUUGGACGCAGUCCUAAUUGAUUCCAAAGGUAGCGUCCUCGACAGAGCCUCCAUGGGAGAAGACAUGUUCUGGGCCAUCCGCGGCGGCGGAGGAAACAGCUUCGGGAUUGUUCUUGCUUGGAAAGUGAGACUGGUCUCUGUUCCGUCUCCGGUGACCGUGUUCAGGGUCAUCAGGACUCUGGAACAGAACGCCCUGGAGAUCGUCCACCGAUGGCAAUCUGUGGCUAGCAAGCUCCCCAAGGAGUUAAUGAUCGAGCUUGCGGUCACAACAACCAACUCCUCGACGACAACAACAACCAUUAGAGCGACAUUCAACGCGCUGUUCCAAGGCAGAUCCAACAGCCUGGUCAGCCUGAUGCAGAGCAGGUUUCCAGAUCUCGGCCUGCGGAAAGGGGAUUGUCAGGAAAUGAGUUGGCUCGAGGCGAUGGUGUUUCACGCUGGGUUCCCAAGUAAUAGCUCCGUGGAUGUGCUGCUCGACCGGACCAUUUCGCCAUUGGUCGGGUCGUUCAAGUACAAGUCGAAAUCGGAUUACGUCCAGGAUGCAGUUCCGAAGGCUGCCCUGUUGAAGAUAUGGGGAAAGCUCUUCGAGACCGAUGUCGGUGGGGGGAUAAUCCUGAUGGCCCUGACACGCUAA